AUGGCCAGCGAUUGGGUACAGAAUCAAGAAGAGGGCUGGUUAGGCCGCCUCCUUGAGGGAGAUUCUGGGGCCAUUGCAAAGAAAUCCACAUUGUGGCAGCUCUACCGCAUUUUUGAGAAUACAAUGACUGGCAAAGCCUCGGCCAAGGACUCGGCGUCCAAGACAGCUUCUCUCGUCUCCUCUGAACCGAAAGCCUGGUAUGACGUUAUUGGCAUAUAUGUCACCUCCGCAGAAAAGAUCGCGGACGAAGAUGCGCUGAAAGCACUGGUGGACUACAUUGUGGAACUGGCAAGUCUCCCCGACGCUAUCAACGAGAGUCAUGAAACGGUCGUCAUCGAUCACAUAGGCCACGCCGGCGCGUCGGUGCCUAUCGAGCCAGGAGAAACUCUUGUGAUGGGGUAUGGAGGGAAGAGACUGUGGAAGGACUUGCCAGACUUGAUUAUGGAGAUAACAGAGCGCUUUCAAGUUGCUUUGUUCGUUGGCUUACUCGUCAACAUAGGGCCUGAGCAGUACCUUUCAGAUACACCAUCACCAGCGGACCUUGAGACUGCAAAGACGUUAUGGAAGAACUUCAAUACUUUCCUCGCCCUCAGAGCCACAAGCGAUAGGGCACAGACAAUUCCAGUCCUUGCAAAUGGGGUUCGCAUGGCCCGCAUGACCUUGGCGACAGCCCUUGAACACUCGCCAAACACACGCAAGGGCAAGAAGACUGAUCUGCACAUACCGGCUGCUGAGGCAUGGUUCCGGAUUGCGGGAGAUGAGAUUGAAAAGCUUUGUGAAGCUGGGACGGAGACGUUGCCACCGGGUGAUCUUUGGGCCAGUCAAGGGGGCGGGGAUGUUUGCGACAGUGCGAGAUUGGAGUUUUGGAAGAGUAGAAUGUCCGAGUUGGGGGCUAAGUAUAGGGAAAGGGCGUAG